CCAUUCACAUGCUCUUGAACUAAAAAGGCUUCCGUAUAUUUUUGAGUGAUUCGUGACGCACCAGCUCCGAACGGACAGGAUCAUUUUUACAGGCAAGAUGGCGACUUCGGAGCCGGUAAGCGAGAUCGAGAAUGCACCUGAAACAGAAGAUCCCCAACCUGAAGUAAUCCCCACUGCACCACCUGUGGUCACUGGUUCUGAGCAGUACAUCAAACACCCCCUGCAAAACAAAUGGGCCCUGUGGUAUUUCAAAAAUGACAAGAGCAAAAGCUGGACAGAGAACCUCCGUCUCAUCGCAAAGUUUGACACAGUGGAAGACUUCUGGGCAUUAUAUAACCACAUACAGCAGCCCAGUAAGUUAGGCUUCGGCUGUGACUACUGCUUAUUUAAGGAUGGAGUGAAGCCUAUGUGGGAAGAUGACAAGAACAAGCUGGGUGGGAGGUGGCUGAUGACCCUCAGCAAACAGCAGAGACAAAUCGACCUUGACCGCUACUGGAUGGAGACGCUGUUGUGUUUAAUCGGCGAGUCGUUUGACGAGGCCAGUGAGGACGUGUGUGGCGCGGUGGUCAAUGUCCGACCCAAGGGAGAUAAAAUAUCCAUCUGGACUGGGAACUGUCAGAACAAGGAAGCCAUCGUGGCGAUAGGACAACAGUAUAAAGAGCGCCUGAGUAUCCCCAUCACGCUCCUGAUUGGCUACCAGUCACAUGACGACACGUCUAGCAAGAGUGGUUCCACCACAAAGAACAUGUACUCAGUCUGAUCAACAACACCCACCACCAACUCAACUACAAACCCACUAGAGCUGGGCGAUAUGGACCAAAAUCCAUAUCACGAUAAAUUGACUGAAUUAUCACGAUAAAUUGAAUGAUAAGUUUAUAACAUUAAUGUGCACCACAGUUAUUUUUUAUAUUACCCCUACAACAACUACUACUACUACUACUUUGAAUGUUGUAGCUAUCAAUUGUCCCAUUAACAGUCACCCAUAUUGGCUAAUUUAUUUCAUUUCAAACUUCACAUUUCUCUAGUAGGGUCCUAUAGGUUAUCGUAAUGAACAAUAUCAGCCAAAUGUCCACGGUAAGUGGUCGGUGUCGAUACUUUUCAGUUUAUCGUCCCAGCUCACUGCAUCACCAACACAUUCAUACUUUUCAGUUGUCAACUACUGUUGGUGUCCUUCCUCUUUACAGACGAGAUAAUUGUUCAAACGUGUACAAAGUUAGGGCCGCCUCCCUGACACCUGAUUGGCCGGCUGGCUAACUGACGGAUCUUGUCCGGAAGAAAAGGAGAACAGCUGAAGCUGUUGGGAUUUGAGCUAGAAGAUCGUUAAAUAAAUGACGUAAUUUUAGAUUUGGUGAGUAUAUGUGAAUAAUAAUGCCAGUGGCUUCCCCCCUACUAGUGUAGCUGAUGAGAAGAUGUCGUUUAAGGCUUGGUUAAAAACACCUUCCUUCGCUGUAAACCCAAUUCCUUUUCUCAUGCAGAGUUUACUAUCACUUUCUGUUAUGAAAAGCCUUUCUCACCAACCACCCAGGAUAGGAAAAAGUAGACAAGAUUCAUUUAGUCAGAUUUUAAAGGGCAGCCAGCAUUUUAACCUGCUUUACUUGGAGGUGUUUAGCAUGAUAAGGGAUUGCAGAUGCACCUGCUACAGAAAAGACAACAGUAGUGGUCACACGGUCUUAAGUGUGGAUAUUUUGGAAGAAAGACCACGAAGUUCCAGCCAUGCUGGGAUUGAGGAUUCUUUGCUUGUAAAACUUUUUUUUCUUCUCCCCCCUUUCCCUAUUUAUUUAUAUCCAUUGAGGUUAAACUACUUAGUUGGAGGGCAACCAUUAAAAAAAAAAAACUCAAUUUCCUUACAAUAUUUUUUUCUGUUUUGUUUUUUGUUAUUGAGGAUGUUAAUGACAUGGACUACUGCUUAAUAUAGAACCUUUUUUACAGUGUAUCAUAGCAAGUAAAGAUGCCUGGACAAGUUUUAGGUCUGCUUCUCACCGUUUUCUUUCUAAGAAAAACUGUAACAUUUCGCACUACUCUCUGGGGCUGGUGCGAGUGGAGAAGAAAGGAUAUCUUCCUCUCUAUCCAUCGUUAAAUGAUUUUGCUCAUAUUGUAUCUUAAUGUAUAUUACCUUCUUUCAAGUAAAGGUUAAGUGCUUUGCAUUAAAACCAGAA